UUUUGUGUAUAUUUCAAAAAUUAACUUGUUAUUAAAUAUUUAUGUGAAUGGCGCAUUGAGAAUUACAAUAAAUUGCUAUGAUGCACUUAUCAAAAUGAGAUGAAAUAAGAAAUCUUUAUUAAUUUAAAUGAUCUUAAAUUGAUUAAUAUACUAUUAUGAAGAUAUUAUCUUAAUUUAUGAGUAUGUAAUGUCUUCAUCUUAUCAGAAGCAAUAGAUAACAAUCAAAUAACGCUCUAUUAAAUGUAAGAACGUUGAUCAAAUGUAUUCAUACACCAUUUCAAUAGCUCUCAACAGGCAAUAUGUGCAUUUUAUUUAUUUAUCGAAAUCCUAAUGCCGAUGCUGAAUCUUAUCGGCUAAUCGUUGCUACUAAUCGUGAUGAAUAUUUUAAGCGUCCAGCUUUACCUGCACAUUAUUGGGAAAAAUAUCCUAUGUGUUUAGGAGGUAUCGACAUGGAACCCGGUAAAGAAGGUGGUACUUGGUUCGCAUUAUCAAAAAAAGGAAAAGCUGGUAUUAUUUUAAAUCUAAGUAACGAACUAGAUAAAACUCAUACUCCAAAAAAGGGUCGUGGAACUUUAGUUAAUGACUAUAUUACUUCUAAUGAUACUGCAGAAUGUUAUCUAGAAAAAUUGCAUCGAGAAAAUCAAAAUACUCAAAGCUACAAUCCUUUUAAUUUAAUUCUAAUUAAUAUGUAUACUGCUGAUGUGUAUUACUUGAAUAGUUCCUUAAGUUCUUUGGGACCAAAAAUGUGUCAAGAUGAUGUAAUAGGUAUUGGGAAUAGUUUCAUGGAAUGUCCUUAUAAAAAAGUUCAAGUAGGAAAAGAAAAAUUUGCGAAAAUUGUCAGUAAUGUUAAAAUUUCACAGCAAGAUGAUAUUAUAGAAAAUCUUGUAGAACUUUUGAAAUUACAAGAAAGACAUUUACCAGAUCUCGAAUUACAAAAAAGAUCACCAACUAAUUGUGUUGAGCUAAGUUCUAUUUUUGUUUCUCUUGAUAACUAUGGUACAAGAACGCAUACUAUAUUAAUGAUUAAUGGUUUAAAUCAAUUAACUUUUGUGGAAGAAACUCUUAUGCCAGAUUUAUCGUGGAAGCGACAAUUAUUUAGCGAUACUUUAACUGAUUCAGACAUUCAAGAGUUAAUAAAAGAAUGUGCAUUAGUAAGGGAACAUGCGUAUGCACCCUACAGCAAAUUUAAAGUGGGUUCUGCAAUACUUUGUACCGAUGGAACAAUCUUUAAAGGUUGUAACGUAGAAAAUAUAUCAUAUCCUGUUGGAAUAUGUGCUGAAAGAGCAGCUAUUGCAAAAGCAGUAUCAGAAGGGAAUAAAAAGUUUAAAGUAUUAGCAGUAAUGGCGGAUAAAUUAGAAGAUAAAUUACCCACACCUUGUGGUAUGUGUCGACAAGCUAUCAUUGAGUUUGGAAAUAUACCUAUUUAUUGUGCAGGAUCGGAUAUGAAAGAUGUAUUACGGACUACAAUAAAUGAAUUACUUCCUUUUGCAUUCAGUCAAAUAGAUAUGAAAAAUUAAAUAUUUUAUAUUAUCUUAUAACAUAGUUCAGCGAUAUAUAAUUAAGAUUGAAAUACAAAC